AUGUGCGACUAUACCCAAAGAGAGUACUCGUGCGGCCACUUCCGGUGGAUCGCCUCGAAGUGGUGCCGCGACUACACCAUCACCCACAAGAGGUGUCAGCCCAACGUCACACAUUUCGAGUACCGGGCCGAGGAGCUAUGUGGCGAGUGCAAGCCGAAGGAGUACCCGCCAUGGGAGAACCUCAUCAAGCGCCCCAAGCAGCCGACCUACUAG